CCUCCCCGAGCCGCACCCCUCUUCUGGAACCUCGGCGGGCUCCGGGCGUCUGCUCUCCUCGGCCGCCAACAUGCCGUUCAUUGAGUUGGAAACGAACUUGCCGGCUAGCCGCAUACCCGCGGGGCUGGAGAAGCGGCUGUGUGCGGCCGCCGCCGACAUCCUGGACAAACCCGAAGACCGCGUGAGUGUUACAAUACGGCCUGGCAUGACCUUGAUGAUACAGGGAUCCACAGAGCCCUGCGCCCACCUUCUGGUCUCUUCCAUCGGUGUUGUGGGCACGGCGGAGCAGAACCGCGGCCACAGCUCCCGCUUCUUCGAGUUGCUCACCAAGGAGCUCUCCCUGGACCAGGACCGGAUAAUUAUCCGAUUCUUCCCCUUGGAGCCCUGGCAGAUCGGAAAGAAAGGAACUGUUAUGACUUUUCUGUGAUUCGAAAGAAAGAAUCCAGGGCAUCUGCUGAGCCUGUCCAGGGCCGUUCCAGAGAGGCCUCCUGGCAGAGUUGUGGCCUGAUAGAUAAUACCACUGUCAAAUACCUCUUUUGCAUAUUUGUCUGUGGCUUCACUGCAGUUUGUUUUUCUCUUCCCCAGCCUCAUGAGUAAGUAAAUGAGAGCAAAUAAAUGAAAAGAACAUAAUCCCAA